CUCGUUCGCACCCUUCCUUUUUCCAAACAUGCAUUUGAUGGAUGGCCAUUGGUUUCAUUCUCCUGUGAGGUUUGAUUCGCCGGCAACGGGCAGAUCGUGGAGCUCGAGCUCAAGGAACCCUGCCAUUCCACAAGGAGAACGGCUUCUCAAUCGAGGUUUCUCAGCUAUUCGUGCAAGGGCCUCCAAGGCGGCUUUGGUUACAGGCUUCCUGGGUGCAUUCAGCCUGAGGGCGCAAUCUCGGCGUUUGCGGGCAGUGCGUGUGCGGGCUGGUCCAAGCUCCACUGAAUAUGACGUCAUUGUCAUAGGUGCUGGUUUGGGUGGCCUUGCCUGUGCUGCAGCUUUGGGGAAGGCUGGCCGGAAGGUCCUGGUUCUGGAGGCCCACUCUGUAUGUGGGGGAUGUGCACAUUCAUUCACUCGCAAAGCCCCUGGAGGCGGUGAAUACGUCUUCGACUCAGGGCCUUCGAUCCUUACAGACAUGGGGAAACGAAAUCCUUUGCGAUUGGUGCUGGACUACGUUGAGGCCAGUGAAUAUUUGGAGUGGAUCCAUUAUGAUGGCUGGGGGAUGCUGACGCCCGAAGGCCCUUGGCGCCUCGAAGUGGGCAAAGACAGCUUUCGAGACAAGGUAUGGGGUGGCAGCAGAGGAGUUCGACGAGGUGACCGAUCUCUACACGGAUUUCUGGGUCAUCACUACGAUUUGUAUUGUUGCCUCAUAGGCGUCACACCCACUCCAUCAUUGACCUUAUCAGAUGCUUCGUUUUAUUCCCUUCAAGUGGAUUUUUCACUUCUCAGGUUGUGAAGGC